GGGUACGCACGAGGAGACGGCUGUGAACUCUAUUAGACACGUCUUAUUAUUGAUAAAGAAAGUCCAAGAUUAGUUGCGGGAGCAGAAAACGUGGAAAUCCGUGUUUUUUUUUUCGCCGUGGAAGUGGAUCUAGCACUUGCUAACUAAUCAGCUACCGUCUCCGCGGAACCUUGGCACCGAACAAUGCCUGGCAAAGCAGCGGUGUCAGUGGCGCUCCCAGCCGCAGCGGCUCCUCACAAGUCAUAUCCUUUUGUUUUAAAGAAAAUCAUGGAUAUCCCACCUCCUAAUAUCCUGGAGGAAGGAGACGACGAAAUCGAGAAGGAAAAGCAGAGCUCCUCUGAGGAUGUGGAGGGAGGUGGCACCGUGGCAUCCAGCACUGGUGCCGGCACCAGAGGAGGUGGAGGAGGUGGAAGCGGUGGGGCUGCAGGAGUCUCAGCCUCCCUGACCCCGGCCAUUUGGGAGAAAACCAUUCCUUACGACGGCGAGACCUUCCACUUGGAGUACAUGGACCUGGAUGAGUUUCUCCUAGAGAACGGGAUCCCUGUGAGCCUGGAGGAAGAGGAGCUCCAGAGGACUCUGACCUCAGUGGACCCCAAAGGAAAACCCAUUCCCAAAGUGAUCGCUUUGGCUGCACCAGCCUCUGCACCGGUCGCCGCACCCCCAGCUGCUGUCACCGAAGUCGUCCCGGCACCGCCUGCACCUUCUCCCUCCGAGGCCACUUCUGAUGCAGAGGAGACCGUGACGGUAACUACGCUGCAAACAGCCAAACUGGAGAAGGAGGAAGAGGACGAGGAAGAUGAGGAGGAGGAUGGACAAGAGGAGGAAUCUUUAGCUGAGGAAGCCCCAGCAGAAACGGAAGUGAAAAAAACAGAGCGAAACACGCCCUCCCCCAUUGACCCAGACGCCAUUGAGGUGGACAUCAAUUUCCAGCCUGAUCCCACAGACCUGGUCCUGUCCAGCGUUCCCGGUGGGGAGCUGUUUAACCCCCGCAAGCACAAGUUCUCCGACGAGGAGCUGAAACCGCAGCCCAUGAUCAAGAAAGCCAAGAAGGUGUUUGUUCCCGAUGAACAGAAGGAUGAUAAAUACUGGUCCAGGAGGAAGAAGAACAACGUUGCAGCAAAGCGUUCCCGUGACGCGCGGCGGCUGAAGGAGAACCAGAUCACGGUGCGAGCCUCCUUCCUGGAGCGGGAAAACGCCGCACUGAGGCAGCAGGUCGCCGAGCUGCGGAAGGACUGCGGGCGCUGUAAGAAUGUCUUGGCGCGCUACGAAGCCAAGUACGGCCCCCUGUAAACCAAACAGAAAUAUUAAAAACAAGGACGAGAUAAACAGAAAUGUAGAAUCCAUGAAGCAUCUAUAAGACCGAAGCAGAACUCCCUUCCCAACACAAACCUAAAUUUGCACUGUAAGUCAUCACCAACCUUCAGUCACUGCGUCGAGCUCCAGCUGACGCUUCUCAACAUGAUGCUGGAGUUUUUUGGGACACACACUGGGAGGUGGUGGGGGUGCGAUGGGAGCGGUGGUCGAUGGAAGGCCUGUGGAGAGCGCCUGGCUCCUGCACUGAGAGAAGAGGUGGACUAUUGGGGGAAGAAAACGCAGGUUUAGUCCUGGAGAGGUCCUAAAAUAAAAAACAAGAGGAUAACACACACUGGUUCUAAUAGGACCAAUGCAAAAAAAGACUCAAUCAGGCUAAAUAAACGAGCAAGGGUUAGAUUCAUGGUGGCACUUCCAGCUUAAAGACGGAGGGAGUGGAGGAGGGCGGAGUGGGCUGUCCCAGUUCUUCCCUGUGUACACACUAACACAGCAUCUGAGACAUCUGUGUGUAUAAACAGUCGGUUUUCUGUACUGUCGUGUUUAGUGUGUGUUUGGCGUGUGUAAUUAAUCAUUGCACUUUUUCCUUUAAAGA